CACCAAGUCAGUGCUGCUGGCCAUGGCGCGUCCUACUCGACGUCGUACAACACGGUCCACGGCGCAUAUAGACCCCGAGCCCAAGGCUGACUCUCCUCACUCUUCUGCCACAUCCGUCUCAGAUGUCACAAAACCUGCCAGGGCGGAUGACGACAGAUGCCCGGCCUGCAAAAACGAGAACGUGGAAGACCUAGCAUCUAUAAAGAAAGAAAACUGGAUUCGAUGCGACGCAUGCAGGGCUUGGUUUCAUUGGAGAUGCUUAAACGAGUCUGGGGAUCUGGACACCAUAGACAAAUGGUUUUGCACAUCAUGCCAAGAGCAGGAUCCCUCUCGUACUAAAACACUCAAACCUCCUGCGCGGAAGUCGACGCGAAAGAAACUAGCCCAUGACUACGCCAAUAUGCACACUGGGCUAAGCUCGUCGGACCCAAAUAGGUGGUUAAACAUGCUUCAGGGAAAAUCUAUCGCAAAAGACCAUUUCAAACGAUUGAAUGGUGAACAAGUCAAUCUGGACUGGGUCAACGGUGAUCCCGAUGGGUUCAGGGAACCCGUUGUGAUCGAGGAGCCAGAAGGAUUGGGUAUGAAGAUGCCCGGACGUGACCUGUCGAUUGAGAGCAUUGCAGACACUUUGGGAAGAGAUACGCCAGUUGAGGUCAUCGAUGUAGCCUCACAGUCGAAUUCUCCAGGUUGGACCCUCGGCAAGUGGGCAGGCUACUGGUCGACAGAAUCUGCAUCUCGUGACAAAGUUCGGAACGUUAUAUCGCUCGAGGUUUCCGGGACAAAGCUUGCUGACGAGAUAUUGCCUCCGCGGUUGGUGCGGGAGAUGGAUUGGGUGGAGAAGUAUUGGCCGAAUAACAAGAAAGGGCCUGGACAGGUGUACCCGAAAGUCCAAUUAUAUUGCUUGAUGGGAGUCGCAGGCGCGUGGACCGACUGGCACAUCGACUUCGCUGGCUCGUCGGUAUAUUACCAUAUACUCCGAGGUUCGAAGGUAUUCUACUUCAUCCGACCAACACCCUCCAAUCUUGCUGCGUACGAGCGCUGGUCUGGUUCAGACGUGCAGAGUCAUACUUGGCUAGGCGAUAUGGUGGAUAAUGUUGUAAAAGUUGAGCUCAGCGAAGGUAACACCAUGCUGAUUCCUUCGGGAUGGAUACAUGCUGUCUAUACACCUAUAGAUACAUUAGUUUUCGGAGGCAAUUUUUUGCACUCAUAUGAUGUGGCAAUUCAACUCAGAGUACGUGAGAUUGAGAAUGUUACUCGGGUGCCAAAGAAGUUUAGAUUUCCCUUCUUUACUAAAAUGUGCUGGUAUGUAGGCGAAAGGUACCUGAGAGACCUCAAAGCCAGAGAAGAGUUUUCGGAACGUAUCCUACAAUCGUUGGAUGCGCUGGCCGGAUAUCUGGUGUUAGAGGCACGAGCCUUGGAACGAGGCCCGGAGGCAUCGAAACGGGAAGCAAGGGAGCAAUUGCCUAGUGAUAAAGUCAAGGAUGCUUCGGCCGUGGCACGAGAGCUGAGAUGGAGAGUAAAAUUAGCAUCGGGCGAUUUCAGCGAUGAUGAGGAUGACGAUCGACUAACGAGGAACCACGAGCAGUCUUCGGCGUACAAGCGAAAGCGGGAAGAGAGAAACAGCCCUGAAUCAUGCCAGGACCCUAUUUCGACGUUCAGGCAUUUCCAGCCGAAAAUCUGGGACGGUGUCUCUUCAGAGGUAAUUGUCUCCCAACAAAAGUCGAGGACCCGUUCGAACUUUGAAGAGGAGCGGUGGAUGGAUGCUUGGCUCGAUUGGAACAAGGAGCUUCUUGGAUCCGCCGAGGAUGGUGUGGCGGUCAAUCGAAAGCGUCAUGUCGUCGUAAAGGUGCGAAGAACAGCGAAGGGGUUGGAACGACAUAGAGUGGAGAGAGUAAUAGAAGAAUGGGAUUGGACUUCUCCUCCUAACCGUUUAAACAACCUGCUCGCGGACGAGGAUAGUCAUAUGGACUUUUGACAUAUUUUAGUUGCUGUAAUUCCUCGCUUUCUUGUAGGGUGAUCUGUCUCUUGAGUGCGCAGUACUUAUGUGUGGACUCGCUGCUGAUAUAUAGUAUAUCAGUAGGUUCGCAGCGCUCUACAGGCGUUGUUGAUUGACUU